CAAAAAGCUUUUACCAUCUGAACUAGACGUCGUGUGCGCUGCUCCUCAUGUGGCGCUCAAACGAAUGCUAAAAAAAAAUCGAUAGGUCUUUUUUUUCAGAUCGCGUUCAAAUACAGCCGGGACAUGAAGGUUUCUGUGUUCGCUGAUCUCUCCGAACAACACGAUUCAACCUGUGGAUAGAGUGGAGCGCGUGUGUGACCACCGGCCAGUCUCCGGAUAUCUGGGACUCUAUAGCCCGCUGUGCAGCGCGCGUCUUUUCCCUGUUGGCUCCGGUCUGUGUUGGAGGAGGGAUCCGGUGUUCCGUUUGACCUAAGCCGAGAGCAGGUAUUCAGUUUAUGAAUGGCACUGACAUGGAGGAAAUACCGUUUCAGAAAGUCAAAACCAGGCGGAAGAGAAGUCACUGUCCAACGGGCGUCCCUUUGACCACCAUCGCGUGUGAGGACGAGUUCGACUGCAAGGAGCUCGAGUCCCUGUUCCAAAACUACAACCUGAAGCUGGAGCAGACGUCCGCUCUAAAAGCCCUGGCCGUGCUCAUCUUCAUGUCGUCGACACUGGCCUUAGUGGAGUUGCUGUCCGGCCCCAGCCUCACCAUCUCCAAGGGGUCCCAUCCGGUCCACUGUGUCAUCUUCGUCUCCCUGUUCAUCGUAACUAAUGUCAAGUACCUGCAAGUGACUCAGCUCCAACAGAUCGUCAACCUGGCAUUGCUCUUCGGCUUCACUUUCUCCUUUCUCUGCUGUCCCUUCUCGCUGGGCGCGAUGGGGAUGGAGCCCCCCACGUCCCCCGAGCAAGGCGUGUGGCAGCUCAUCCUGGUCACCUUCGUCGCCUAUGCGCUCCUUCCUGUGCGGACACUGUUGGCGGUUGUGUUUGGAAUAAUGGUCUCCGUCUCCCAUUUGAUUGUGACUGCCACUUCUGUCACAGCGAAAACACAGAAACUAUGGAGGACGUUGGUUGCCAACACGGUGCUGUUCACCAGUGUCAACCUGUCAGGGCUGUUUGUGCGCAUCCUGACAGAGCGAGCCCAGAGGAAGGCCUUCCUGCAGGCACGCGGCUGCAUCGAAGAGAGGCUCCGCAUGGAGGAUGAGAACGAGAAGCAGGAGCGCCUGCUAAUGAGUCUGUUGCCCAGGAACGUAGCUAUGGAGAUGAAAGAGGAUUUCCUGAAGCCCCCAGAAAGGAUCUUUCACAAAAUCUACAUCCAGCGCCAUGACAAUGUCAGCAUCCUGUUUGCAGAUAUAGUGGGUUUCACCUGCCUGGCCUCUCAGUGCACAGCGCAGGAACUGGUUAAACUGCUAAAUGAGCUUUUUGGAAAAUUUGAUGAGCUCGCCACG